AUGGUGGUUGUGGAUGCGAUCAAGGAAUUCGCUGGCUACACCACAAUACACGGAUGUGGCCGAUGUGCAGAUUCAAAGUAUCUCCUACAGAGGAUAUUCUGGUGUGUAUUGACUCUUGGCUGUAUGGCAAUGACAUGUUAUCAGAUCUCCCGGCUUCACAGGCAGUUCACUGCAGGACACCUGGCGACAUCUUUAGAACUAAGCCCGGGAAAUGUCACGUUUCCUGUGUUCCGGUUCUGCAGUCUUAAUCCAUGUCCGUAUUCUGCCGUGAAAAAGAAUAAAGAACUGAUGGCUAUAUUGUAUGCCACGCAGCAAAAAUUUGGAGUGAAUCUAUCGGACUUCGACAAGGCCGGGGAAACCACCAUUAUAUCAGAUGCAGUGAAGACGGCAUCCUCCUCGUACAAAAUAAGUGACCUUGCAGAAGCCAGAAAGUUGUUUGUGCAAAAACUCCAAGUCAUCAAGGAGGAUUACGGCGACGACGAUAAAGACCCGUUUUCGUUCUCAAUUGACGACAUUCUACUGAAGUGUACAUUUCAGGGCACAGACUGUGUUGAUAGCCCGUUGCAUUUUGCAAUACAACAGGAUGAAUUAUAUGGCACAUGCUAUGAGGUUAAAGCUCCAAACGUCCCUGUUCAUACAGCCGGACCAGAACAAGGACUGGAACUUUUGAUUUAUCUUAAUCAUGAAGAAUUCAUCCCUUUUAUUGCGGAAUCCAUUGGUAUCAACACUCGCAUAUAUGGCAGCGGAAACAAAAAUUCAUUCUUAGCAGAGAGCUCAGACGGCGUCAAACUGUCGGCUGGCUUUGAUAUCCGCAUUGCAAUGUCGUUGGUGGGUACUUUUGAAAGUAGUACAUAA